GUCCCACAAACUUCUGUCAUGACUUUAUUCGGAUAGUAAAGGUAGAUGUUGAGUCUGAACAAGCACCGAGACAACCUCCGACUGAAUGUUGAGCCCCUUCGCCUCGACGUGAUGGUGCAAUAUGGACAAACCUCCCUGGAACAGAUAACAGCGUGAAGAAGGGAACACUGAGCAAGAGAACACUGAGGCAUUUUAACAGAGAGAAAGUACUUAUCAUCAACCCACACAAGACAUCAUGUCCACCUCGAUAAAGCAGGAGAGAACCAUUUGUGUUCUCCUCCCCAACAAAGACCAGCUGGACAUCACUGUUGGGCCAAAGUCCACCGGGCAGGAUGUUUUUAAUCGAGUGGCUGAGCUUCUUGGAAUCAAACAGCUGCAUUUUUUUGGCCUCACAGUGGUGAGGGACAAUGAGCACAUCUUUUUAGACAUGGACGAGAAACUCACGAAAUACUUUCCGAAGGAAUGGAAGCAAGAUUUUGGAAGGGGAAUACUGAAGAGACCCCUGCCUCUCGUGCUCUGCCUCAAAGUGCAGUACUACAUAGAAAACGGUAGACUUGUUUGUGAACGUAAGGCACGACAUCUCUACUACUCUGACUUGCGGGAGCGGGUGCUUCGCUCUGAAUGUCGCCAGCAGGAAGAAGUGUACUUCCAGCUGGCAGGUUACGCCUUGCAGGCCGAUCUCGGUGACCACCCGAUGCCCAGGGAGGAUAUGGAGGUCACUCCUUACUUUGGAACCAAGGAGUACUUUCCCCCUUGGAUCGUAGCUAAGCGUGGAUUGAACUACCUCCUCUGCCAUGGGCCCAAGGUGCAUCAGGAGCUGUGGGGCAUGUCGACUCGGGAGGCCAUGCUGCUCUUCAUCAAGGAGUCGUGUCGACUGGAGGAUGUGCCCGUCACAUUUUACAAACUGCAAAAGGACAAAAAGGCAGAGAGAGGAACGGCAAUGCUCGGUCUGACCCUGCGAGGAAUGCAAGUUUAUCAGGAAGUAAACAACAUGCGACAGCUGCUGUAUGACUUCCCCUGGUCAAAUGUUGGACGUCUCACCUUCCUGGGUAAGAAAUUUGAGAUCCAGCCAGAUGGCCUGCCAUCAGCCAGGAACCUGGUGUACUACACUGGGUCAUCGUUUCGCUCUCGCCACCUUCUCCUGCACCUGAGCAGCAGCCAUCGCCUCUACCUCAGCCUCCAGCCUGCCCUCAAACGCAUACGCCUGCUGGAGGAGAGCGAAGAUAAAAAACGUUACAGAGAGUCAUACAUCAGUGAUGACCUGGACUUGGACCCCCCCGGCAGUGAGAGCAGCCCUGGUCUGUCCCGACACUCAACCAUCAGCUCUGGAAUUGAAGCUGACGCCCGACAACACAGCAUCUCCACAGAGAUGGCCUCCACGGAGGAGAAGGGUCAGCGGCAAGCAGGGAAGUGUUUCGGCUCAGCAUCCAGCUCCCGUACCUCUGGGUUCGACACUGGCAGUAAGGCUCGAAUAGACGAUGAGGGGUGGCAAGAGGAAGAGAUCAAAAACAAUAUUGGAAGUCCAAAGGAGGUCCUUGUGGAUGAUCCUGAUGAGAUGUUCCAGUUGGCUGAUCUUCUCGAAGGAUUGUCAGUGGAUUGUUCAGAAUUGUCCUUCGAGUCUUGCUCACCAGAAAACAAAGCAUGUCCCCCAAACAGUGAUGAAGAACUCUGGAAAUUACGGAACAAGGAUGUGUUAAAACAGAUGCUGAAAUCUAGGGCACAAGUCUGCGUGGAUCGCCACAGCCACAGUCUAGAUGAUGUACGCUUGUUUCCACCUCUGGCACCCCUGGGAACAACACUGCCUCCUGACUCCUCCCACAGCUAUACCUUUGGCCUCCCAGAUGCCUCAACAAAUGCAAAGACCCUUGUUGAUCAUAGUUAUUACCCUAUUUUGCACUGCCAAGCCAAACCUUCCUUCUAUGGCCGCAGGUCUACCAACUGCCUCUCCCUGGACAUGUUAAGUGAUGAACAGUUCCUGGAAUUCAUUCUUUAAAUAUGCUGAUUACUGAUGUCAACAAAUUGGCCUUUUCCUCAUUCUUUACAGUGAAGAUUAACGUGGAGGUUCCCAACACAUUAAUGUGUUUAAGUGGUUCCCACGGUAUGUGGUUAUGAUGACAACACAGGAUGUGUGUGUGCUUCAAAAUUGCAGAGACAUUGAAAAUUCCUCAUAGGAAAGUUGAGGAUUAGAGAACAGAUCAAAUUGAGCAACAUUUAAAUUGGUAAACGGAGCAUAUUUAUUAAUGUAUAUCGUGUACAUACUACUUGUAUUUUAUGACAUUUCUCAUUUUAUUGUAUUUUAUAUAUUCAUGCUGUUGAAAUCGCUGACUAGAGUUAAUGUCAGUGGCACAACAACGUUUGACAUUGUCCUCGCUCAUGUAAACACUUGGCUGUCUGUUUUAUUCAGGAGAAAACUGCAAAUGCCGCUGUGCUAAUGUGUGUGCUCCUGGUUUCCUUUAUUUUUUAACUUUUGUUUGUUUUAAUCUCAUUUUAUAAUCUCUAUUUGUGUAUUGUGUACAAUGUCAUGCUUUUCCUAGUAGUCUGCUACAGAAAUGUAGCUGCUAAUGUGGAAAAUGUAACCUCUUUACAGCUGUUAAUGCAUUCAUCCAAAGCUUCUCUAUUCCAACCUCUAUAUCGGAUGUUGUAAUUAGAAAAAAAGUAUUUUUAAAGCACUUUCUGCAACGAUGAAUGAAUCUGCAGUAUUUUGGUCGAACUCCCAGACAAAGCUUCUGUCUUUUUCUCUGACAUUAUUGUCACUGUUUUAUAAAUCAUAAUUGAAACUGAACUGAUGUCUUUUGCCAUUAUGAACACAUUUUGGACAGUUUUAAGUCUGUAAACACUUAACAACUGUCAAAGUCACAACACUGAACCAUUUUUUUAAAUCUAAAGCAAGGUUUUUUUUAUUAUGGUUCGAAUAAAUUAUAAAUCCCACUGAAAGAAA